AAAACAGCUCUGCUCUGCUUUUUACAACACCCACCUUAAUAAAAACCCUAAUUUCCAAUCCUCUUUACCCCGUUAUCAAUUCUAUUCAAUUUUAAUCCCAAAAGUCAAAUCUUUUCAUUCAUUUUCAAGUGAUGGAGAAUAUAAUUACUGAAGUUCAAGUGGCAGUGGCGGGCGGCUAUUCGGAUCCUGGAGGCGGAUCCUUUUCUGGGUUCCAAAGAAGGAUCGAGUUUCAUCCGGCUAGAAAAGUCUUUAGUGGGCUUAGUAAUGGUGGUGACCAUGGUGAUUUUAAAUUGGAGACGCUGAAUCCCAGUGGGUCGGAGCAGAAGAAAGCUGGGACAGGUCAAGGACAAGGUCCGAGUGGCGGGUCGGGGAAGAAAGUUGAUGGGUCGGAGUUUUGGGAUUGUGGGUUGGAUCCUGAGCUGAGUUUCGGGAUGACUUUUCGGAGAAUUGGUGCUGGUUUUGAAAAUCUUGGAAAUACUUGUUUUCUCAAUUCAGUGUUGCAGUGUCUGACAUAUACAGAGCCUUUAGCGGCAUACUUGCAGAGUGGCAAGCAUCGAAAUUCUUGUCGUAUUUCUGGGUUUUGUGCCUUGUGUGCCAUUCAGAAACAUGUUAGCCGUGCUCUGCAAGCGCCUGGGAGAAUACUAGCACCAAAGGAUCUUGUCUUAAACUUGCGAUGCAUAUCUCGAAACUUUAGAAGUUCAAGACAGGAGGAUGCGCAUGAAUGCAUGGUGAACUUGCUGGAAUCAAUGCAUAAGUGUUUAUGA